CUUCCACAAAGCCACGCCGGAAUCAUGAACCGUCCGUCUCGAACAGACGAGCCCUACGAGGGGGAGGGCUACAACCAGAGUCCGAGUCCCCUAUCCAACGAUUUGACAACCAACGAGGACCUCAACGGCACCGUCAACGCGAGGGAGCUGGGGCCAGCACGAGACAGCAAAGAAGCGCUUGCCGGGGCCGGAGAUGUCGCUAUCACGCGCUCUGACGACAGCUGGGGGAAAGACGGCGUCGGCCCUGCGACGGGCGACCCGUCGGCCAAGUCUCCUGGACUUGGUCAACCCGAGGGGGAGGAUGCCCUUGCGGUUCCUCUCCCUACCCUUCACUCACAGCAUCCUUCCAACGGCCUAGACGAAGGCUCAGUCCGUAAGGGCAUCCUUGUUCGUGCCUGGAGUGCUGUUGUGAAGUUUGGGUCCUUCGUCGGGCCCGGAUUCAUGAUCUCUGUCGCAUAUAUCGAUCCCGGAAACUAUGCCACGGGCGUUGCGGCGGGAGCCACCUACCGCUUCAGGCUUCUCUUCGUCGUCCUCCUGGCCAACCUGUUUGCAAUCUUCCUCCAGAGCCUCUGCACCAAGCUCGGCACUGUCACCGGGCUCAACCUGGCCGAGGCGUGCCGGGCUUUCCUGCCGCGGUGGAUGAACUAUGUCCUCUACGUCUUUGCCGAGGUGGCCAUCAUCGCCACGGACAUUGCAGAGGUGAUCGGAUUCGCCAUCGGCCUGAACCUCCUCGUGCCCGCGAUCCCCCUGGUGGCGGGAUGUGCGAUUUCCAUUCUCGACGUCAUGAUCAUCCUCGUCUUCUACCGGCCCCACGGGUCCAUGAGGGGGCUGCGGAUGUUUGAGUACUUUGUCAUCGGCCUCGUCUUGGCCGUGGUGGUCUGCUUCUGUAUCCAGCUCUCGCUGAUCAAGGACACGCCGGUUGGAGAGGUAUUCCGUGGCUACCUACCCUCCCAUGCAGUAGUCGAAUCGCAAGGCUUGUACCAAGCUUGUGGCAUUCUUGGAGCGACUGUCAUGCCUCACAGCCUGUACCUCGGCUCCGGAAUCGUCCAAGCCCGCCUCCGGGAUUACGACACGAAGCACGGCCUGCUGCCUCCCGGCACAGGAGAAGUCGACCUCGGCGGUGAAAGCAUCGACAAGGACUACUACGUCCCGUCGGUACGAGCCAUCAAACACUGCCUCAAGACGUCGACGGCCGAGCUGGGGAUCUCCCUCUUCACGUUCGCCCUCUUCGUCAACUCCGCCAUCCUAAUUGUCGCGGGCGCCUCGCUCUUCGGCAACAAGGACGCCCCGGACGCGGACAUCUUCGGCAUCCACCAGCUCCUCACGGACUCCAUAUCCGGAGCGGCGGGCACCAUUUUCGCACUGGCGCUGCUCCUCUCGGGCGUCUCGGCCGGGAUCGUGUGCACGAUUGCCGGGCAGAUGGUCAGCGAGGGGGCGUUGAACUGGAAGAUGCGGCCCUGGCUACGGCGCCUCGCGACGCGGAGCAUCAGCGUCACGCCGAGCAUCGUCAUCGCCGGGGCUGUCGGCCGGCAGGGCGUGAGCGCGGCGCUGAACGCGUCGCAGGUCGUGCUCAGCGUUGUCCUGCCGUUCGUCACGGCGCCGCUGAUUUACUUUACGUGCCGCCACAAGUACAUGACGGUCCGUGAUGGCGAGGCUCGGUUGAGGAGCCGAGUUGACGAGGAGACCCUGGACGACGCGGGCGGUUUGGUCAAGAUGGCGAACUCGUGGUACACCGCGGCUCUCGCUGUCCUGAUAUGGGUCAUCAUCGCGGCGAUGAACGUGGCCAACUUGGUCCUGCUGGGGAAGGGCGAGUAAGGCUUGAGUGGGUGAAGGGGAAACCAGCAGGGAACUCGGUGAGGAGUUAUUCCUGCGGGCGGGGAAGAAAGGGGUGAGAUAGCAGUCGUUUUUUCUUUGCUUUCGUUGGAUGGUAGUCGCCUAUGUUCAUCUUUUUGGUUUGUAUUUCGAGUGUCUGGGAUGUUUCUCUUCUCUCUCCCUCAUUUGCGUUGUUCAACAAGCGCUGCCCUUACAUGAGGCUCAACCCCCAUGUCAAGCAAAAGUUGUGUGAGAUGGAAUGGACUUGGACCUCUGGGUUUCUUUCUCAUAUUUGUUUGUACCUUGAACAAAACUGUUCUGCGCGUUUCCUACCAUCACGUAGAUGGGCUUGGACAUGGUUAGAAUGGGUUUGACUCAAGUCGACCCCCACAUGGAGGAAUUUAGUUUCCGCAACAUGACGUCGGCGAACUUACAAUGCCAAAAACAAUCUCCUUUACGGCCAUCUAUAAAAACCAAGAACAAUUAACU